CAUCUCAAUCCACCGGAUUUAAAAAGUUUUUAUUUAAUUCUAGAUAAUCUGGAUUUGAGCAAAGUACAACUGGCCGGCUUACUUCAUCGAAUUUCAUUUCAUUUCAUUUCAUUUCGAGUUUAUGUUCCAAGUCAACUCUAGGUUGUAUUGAAGUCUUUUCUAUUUACAGAUUCAUCAUUCAUCCCAAAACCAAUAGUUUUCUUCAUUCACAUUCAAGUCAAUUGCCAAGAAGUUUCUCUUUGCUUUUCUGCAUCCUUUUCUUUUGUUCAUCUCUAAAUUUCUACCAUGAUUCAGUUUAAAGUCUACUCUUUCUUCAGUUUUACUGGUUCUUGAUUAAGUAAAGUUUUUGCUUGGUGUAAUCACCCAUACUUAAUAUUAUUAUGGAUAAUGUAAACGAAUUGUCAUCGUCAAUAAGUUUUGCUUCAUCUUCUGUUCUUUCAAAUGGGUCUAGCUCUCACAACACAGGCCCUGAACUUGGUGCAAAUCUUGAAAAUUUGAGCUUGAGCAAGCUUAGUGGCAAUCUUGAAAAGCUAUUGCUUGAUGAUGAUUAUGAUUACACAGAUGCAGAGAUCGUUGUUGAGGAAAUCCCAGUGGGUGUCCAUAGGUGUAUAUUAUCUGCACGGAGCCAGUUCUUUCAUGAGCUUUUCAAGAAGGGAAAUGAUGCUUCUGUCAGUGAAGGUAAACCCAAGUAUCUCAUGUCCGAAUUGGUCCCUUUUGGCAAGGUUGGAUAUGAAGCUCUCAAUGUUUUCUUGAAUUAUUUGUACACCGGAAAGCUUAAGCAAUCUCCUCCAGAAGUGUCCACGUGUGUUGAUGAUGGUUGUGCACAUGAUGCAUGCCGCCCAGCCAUUAAUUACGCCAUUGAGUUGAUGUAUGCUUCUGCAACCUUUCAGAUGAAGGAACUUGUUUUGCUUUCUCAGCGUCGCCUUCUGAACUUUGUUGAGAAGGCUUUUGUUGAAGAUGUAAUCCCAAUUCUUGUGGCUGCAUUCCAUUGCCAACUGAAUCAACUGCAAACUCACUGCAUCCAGAGAGUAGUAAGAUCAGAUCUUGACAAUGUCUGCCUUGAGAAAGAGCUUCCUGCUGAAGUUUUUAGCAAAAUCAAAUCAGUCCGCUCCAAACCUCAGGAAGAUUCAGAGCCUGAUGCUAUGGAAGUGAACCCUAUGCAUGAGAAGAGAAUCAGGAGAAUCCACAAAGCACUAGACUCUGAUGAUAUUGAACUAGUGAAGCUUCUACUGGAUGAAUCUAAUAUCACUUUAGAUGCGGCUUAUGCUCUUCACUAUGCUAGUGCCUACUGCGAUCCUAAGAUUUUCAAGGAGGUGCUCAGUCUAGGCUCGGCUGAUCUUAACCUUACGAAUGUUAGAGGACAUACUGUGCUUCAUGUGGCGGCAAGGCGUAAAGAGCCAUCAAUUCUAGUGGCACUUCUAAGCAAGGGAGCUCAGGCAUCAGAUAUUACAUUAGAUGGGCAAACAGCUGUUGCAAUCUGUCGAAGGUUGACUAGGCCAAAGGAUUACAAUGAAAAGACAAAGCAGGGUCAGGAAUCUAACAAAGAUCGGAUUUGUAUUGAUGUCCUUGAGAGAGAGAUGAGAAGAAAUUCAGUGUCUGGGGACAUUUCAGUUUCAUCUCAGGUGAUAACUGAUGAUUUACACAUGAAGCUUGAUUAUCUUGAAAAUAGAGUGGCAUUUGCACGCUUGUUGUUUCCUGCCGAAGCAAGACUAGCCAUGGAGGUAGCAGAUGCACAUUCAACCUCGGUUUACACUGGUAUUUCAGCGUCAAGAUCAAGAGGAUCUAGUGGGAACUUAAGAGAGGUUGAUUUGAAUGAAACCCCCUCAGCCCAAGCAAGGAGAAUGCAAAUGAGACUUCAAGCUCUGCUGAAAACAGUGGAAACUGGCCGACACUUCUUCCCGCACUGCUCGGAAGUGCUUGAUAAAUUUUUGGACGAUGAUAUCAUUGAUAUCCCUGAUGCAUUCUUCCUAGAGAAGGGAACUCCAGACGAACAGAAAAUUAAGAAAAUGCGGUUCACGGAACUUAAAGAAGAUGUGCAAAAGGCAUUUUACAAGGACCUGGCUGAAAACAACCGGUCAGGUUUGUCCUCAUCCUCAUCAUCAUCCUCCUCUCCAAAGGCAGCUGUAAAGUGCAAGGUUAGGAGGAAGUAAUGUUCCUCUUAAUAUGCUUUUGAUAGGAUAGAACAAGAAGAACAAGAGUGAGAAUUUACUGAGUUUGAUUGGUAUUUUUAAUCACAUAGAUACUUCAGUGCUACCCAUUGUUCUGUGGUAACUUCUCCCUAGAGAUCUAGCAUGUAAAAUAUUAAAAUGACGAAGAAGUUUCGUAUUUUCUGAGCCAUGUAAUUUUCUGUUUCGCAGUUUGGGACUGUUCCUUAUUUCACCCAGAAGAGUAACAAUUUAGUAUUGUUUCUGUUAA